AUGGCAGAGCACUACGACGCCGCCGCGACCAAGCCGCCGGGGCGCGUGGUGGUCAUCACGUCAGGCAAGGGCGGCGUGGGCAAGACGACGGUGACGGCGUCCAUGGGCUACGGCCUGGCGCAGCGCGGCUUCCGCACGUGCCUCAUCGACUUCGACAUCGGGCUGCGCAACCUGGACCUGCACCUGGGCUGCGAGCGGCGCGUGAUCUUCGACUUCAUCCACGUGAUCGAAAAGAACUGCCGCCUCGGGCAGGCGCUGAUCCGCGACAAGCGCCUGGACAAGCUCUCGCUGCUGGCCGCGAGCCAGACGCGCGACAAGGAGGCGCUGACCGAGGAGGGCGUCGAGCAGGUGCUGGACGAGCUCCGGACGCAGUUCGACUUCAUCCUGUGCGACUCGCCCGCGGGCAUCGAGUCGGGCGCGCGCCACGCCAUGUACUUCGCGGACGACGCCAUCCUCGUGACCAACCCGGAGAUCUCGAGCUGCCGCGACUCGGACAAGAUGAUCGGCUUCAUCGCCAGCAAGUCGCUGCGCGCCAAGGAGGGCCGCGCGCCCGUGCAGCAGCGGCUGCUGGUCAACCGCUACGACGCCAACCGCGUCAAGAACGACGACUGCCUCUCGGUGGACGACAUCGAGGAGAUGCUGGGGCUGCCCGUGUGCGGCGUCAUCCCGGAGAGCGCGCACGUGCUCACGUCGUCCAACAUGGGGCAGCCCGUCAUCACGGCCGAGGGCGAGAACGCCGCCGUGGCCUUCGAGGACGCCGUCGCGCGCUUCCUGGGCGAGGAGCGAGAGAUGAAGUUCCUGCAGCCGGACGAGCCCAAGGGACUGUUCAGCCGCAUCUUCUCCUAG